AUGACGAACAGCAUUCACGUCGCCGUGCUAGACGCAGACGUCCCCUGCCUAUCAGUAUACAAAGAGCGGGGUCUAUACAGCUCGCAAUUCCGCACCCUCCUCCAAGCAGCAGCAACACGCCUAAAUCAGAACGCAGACACAACCCUACAGCAUGGACCACUAGCCGUGCACAUCACAGCCUUCGACGCAGUAGGCAGAACAUUGCCCCCACUCCACAGUCUCCGCAACAGUCCAAAGACCACAACAGAGCCUCACGCUGGCGGUCCACUGGGCCUGAUAGAUGCAAUCCUAAUCACAGGCUCAGCAUCCUCAGCUUACGAGGAUCUCCCUUGGAUCCACGAGCUGCAAGCCUUCAUCCAAAUAGUGCACGCAGACUACCCGCACGUGAAGAUCUUCGGUUCCUGCUUUGGUCACCAGAUCAUAGCGCAGGCACUCCUCUCCAAAGACCAGACCUCGCCUGAAUCAUCAUUCCACGUCUUGCAUGACCAGGCAGGCUUUGAGAUGGGUAUUCAGCCCAUCAGCCUCGACCCAGAAUUCACAGCGCGCUUCCCGCCUCUAGCGCGUGCUUCGCAGUUGAAUCCGUUCCGUAUUCAGCUUGUUCAUGGUGAUAGGGUUGCUCCUACGCCUGAGGCUGUUGCGGCUGCUUCUGCUGCUGGAAAGAGUGAUGUCUCGCUGCCGGCUCCGUGGUGUAAUAUCGGGAGUAGUGCGCAGUGCGCUAUUCAGGGUCUUUAUAACCCCGGGCGGGUUUUGACUUAUCAGGGUCACUUUGAGUUUGAUACUUUUGUUAAUGGGGAGCUUUCGCAGGAGUUUGGGAGGAGGGCGAAUUGGCCUGUUGAGAUUGUUGCUGGGUAUUUGGAGUUGAUUAAUCGUUCGCUUGUUCCUGGGUUGGAGGAUGAUGAUGAUUCUAAGGCUGCUGCUGAGGCUGUGCUUUUGUUCUUUGCUGGGAAGGAUUUGAAGGGUCAGGGGGUUGGGCUUGCUUUGCCUGGGAGUGGGUUGCUUACUCCUCCUUUGGGUUAA